AAGCAAAGCCUCAAUUUAGUAUUUGUAUUUGGGAGCUCUAGAGAGAGAGAGAGAUCUAGAGAGAGAAAUUAAAUGGCGAGGUGGGGUUUUAUGUUUGUGAUUGUUUAUCUUAUUGCGGCGGCUCAUCAUGCCGCAGCUAGGGUUGUCCCCGGUGACAAUGCAGCAGCUGGUCUCGCCGACCAAAAGAACUUUGCCUCUUUUGGAGGCGUCGGCGGCUACACUGGAGUUGGCGGUGAUGGGAUACCAUAUGGCGGCGUAGGUGGUGGAGUAGGCGCCGGAGGUGGGCUUGGUGGGAUCAAUGGAUUCGGUGGCUUCGGAGCUUUUAUCGGGACUUCACCAACUGGUGGUCUUGGUGGCGCCUUGGGUAAUAUUGGUGGCGGUGAUGGUGGCGGCGGCUUGGGAAAUCUUGGCGGCAUUGGUGGCGGCCUGCCUUAUCCUUGAAGUUAUGCUUCCGUAUAAUAUAUACAAAAAUAUGAAAUUUGUUACCACUUUUUAAGUGCGUUUUAGUGUAUUAUGUUUACGUUGAUUUUUGUUUGAAUUGUAUUAGCGCUUAUCUUGUAAAAGUGUUUGUUGAAUAUUUAAUUUGCUUGGUUAAU